UGGAUGAACUUUCCCCGUACUAAACACCUGGUAAUGAAAUAACAAUUAGAAUUGCGCCAAAUCUCAUUUCACCUGACGCGAUUUCGCUCAAAUGAGACAGCCGUUGCAAAUGUCAAACGCACGUGUUGACGACUUUGAAAAUGAGUUCCUUCAAGAAAUUGAACACAAAAAUCUACCAAAAAAGCGCGUCAGUGGUCACCCCUGACUAUAUCUACUGGAAGCAGCUUAGUCCCCCUGUCUUGGUGAAGGAGUUUGGGCCCAUCGACUACAUUGAUUUUUCCCCCGUUGAGCCCUACUAUUUUGCUGUAACGUGCUCAGUGCGUGUGCAAGUGUACAACCCGGUCACUAAACUGGUGGCUAAGAAUUUAUCAAGGUUUAGGGAAAGUGCAUAUGGGGCUGUUUUCCGGUCAGAUGGGCGGCUUAUAUGCGCCGGUGGUGAAGAAGCGAGUGUCAAGUUAUUCGACGUUUCGACUAAAAGUCUCCUAAGGUUGUUUAAAGGACACAGUGCUGCGGUUCAUAGGACUUUUUUCAUCGAAGGGAGGCCGCAAAUUGCGUCGUUUUCGGACGACAAGAGUGUGAAAAUUUGGGACAUUCCGACUGAGACCAACAUUGCUACGUUUUCGGACCAUUGUGAUUAUGUUAGAGCCGGGGCUACAAAUCCUCUUGUUCCGGACGUUGUCCUAGCCGGAGGGUAUGACAAUUUUGUAAAAAUGUACGAUACUAGGACCAACGAGACCAUUCUCAAUGUCAAUCAUGGUAGUCCCGUUGAGUCUCUUUUGUUUCUACCAACUGGUGGUAUUUUUCUCUCAGCUGGUGGGACUGAGAUUAAGAUAUGGGACACAGUGGCUGGUGGUAAAUUACUGGGGAGUAUUUCCCAACACCACAAGACCAUAACUUGUCUCAGAUUAGCCUCGGACAACAAGCGGCUGUUAUCGGGGAGUUUAGACAGACAUGUGAAAAUUUAUGACCUCAGUAGUUACAAAGUGGUUCACACCUUGGACUACCCUAACGCUAUUUUAAGUCUGGGGGUUUCGAAACACGACGAAACCGUUGUUGUGGGUCUUGUUGACGGUUUAGUUGCGAUAAGUCGUAGAGAGGAAGGGGAAAAAACGAAAAAAGUAAAAAAACAAAUUUCUUUCCAACACAAAACAAACUUACACUUGCCAACAGUUGAUGCAAUUGUACCGCAGUUUAACCACGAAAAAGAAACAAAAUACGAUAAAUGUUUGCGUAAGUUUGAAUAUUCCAAAGCCCUUGAUUGCGUUCUGGUGUCUUAUGUGGCAAAUAAAACGCCCCAAGUGACUGUAAGUGUGAUGCAAGAGCUUAUCAAAAGACGCGCAUUACAUAAAGCUUUUCUCGGGCGAGACGUUAAGUCAGUGAUACAAAUUUUACGAUUUCUUAUUAGAAACAUAACUGAAAAUCGCUUUGCUAGAGUGUUAAUUGAUGCGGCAAAUAUUUUUAUUGAUACUUAUGAAGAAAGCCCAGUUAUUGUAAAUCCAGAAGUUAGGAAUUUGUUGGUCAGUUUGACUCGUCUUCUGAGAGAAGAGGCCGAAAUUGCCAAUGAAAUGACUGAGUUGCAAGGGGCUAUGCAUAUGCUACUAUCAGCGGCGACAAUACCCACAGAAACAAGGCCAGAGCAAAAUAUUCACCAUAACUUGUUACCGAGUAAAGAGGCCCAAAAAAACCUCAUUGUAAAUCUUACCUGACGCCAAUAAAACACGUUUUAGAUGGAA